AUAAACUAGCCUUACUGAUCGUCAAAUGAUCACUGAGUUAAUAACAAUUCUCUCUGCUACAUUCUGUUCGGGACAAUAAAGUUUCAUGUUUUCAAAAGUCCGUCCCGUAUAGCAGUCCGACUGGAAACACGCUGUGGCUGUAAAGAAUCUUCGUUACCGGUUUACCUGGAAUUCUGUGGAUAAUAAAACGAACCGCACAGUGUUUUUAUUUGUUUGUAUUUUUCAUUGGAUUGUUUAAAAAUGGACGGAGUUCCAUGUCUCCGUGUGUCACAGUGUCACACACAGCAGUUCAGGGAAUGUCUGCAGUCCAGAGGAGCUCUGGACCUGAGUUUGCGCCUUCUGAAAGACCCAGAUGGGACAGUUCUCUUGCCCAUUCAACCAUCCUGUCUGUCACAGCUUGAUCUGCACUCUUUCAGAGACACAUUGCCUCCUGACAGUGCUUGUGAAAUAGUUUGGAGUCGGUCUCCUCUGCAGUCAAAGAAAGAGAGGGGAAAGACGAGUGGUUGUAAACUUGAAAAAGAACUCCAGGAGCUGUUGGAGUCUUGUGGUGAAAGAUGGACGGAGGAAUUGAGGAGGAACCUUCCUCGCAGCUUCCAGAAGCAUGGAGACCUUGUUCUGCUGGGAGACGGCUGUUUCUCCCUGCCACUAUGGAAGAAAAUGGAUGUUCAACAACUGUGGAGUGCAGUGGCCAAAGGUCUGGGUGCGAAGCGUUUGGCAAAGAUGAGUCGAAUAUCCAAGGAUGGAUUUAGAUCUCCUGUGGUGACGAUGCUGCUAGGAGAGCACAGCUGGGUCAAACAUUCAGAUAAUGGUGUCACGUAUGAAUUUGAUGUGACCAAAUGUAUGUUUUCAGCUGGAAACAUAACAGAGAAGCUCCGGGUGGCUGGAUUUAACUGCACAGGGGAGACUGUGGUGGAUUUAUAUGCAGGUAUUGGAUACUUCACUCUGCCCUAUCUGGUGCAUGCGGGGGCCAGCCAUGUUCACGCCUGCGAGUGGAACCCUGCUGCUGUCGAGGCCUUACAGAAAAACCUCCAGGCAAACAAGGUGUCUGACCGCUGCACUGUUCAUCAAGGAGACAACCGACAACUCCAGCUGUGUGACAUCGCAGACCGGGUGAAUCUGGGUCUCAUACCAAGCUCUGAGGAUGGCUGGCCUGUCGCUUGUCGCCUGCUGAAGAAAACAACUGGUGGCGUUUUGCAUAUUCACCAGAAUGUCACGUCACCGCUACCGAACACUGCAGCAAUUGAUGAUGGUGAUGAUGCCGUGACUCGGAGGAUUUCUGGGAAGAAAGCAGACAGAGAGGUGUGGCAGACCUGGGCCGAUGACACAGCAAAACGCAUCACUUCUCUUUUAAAGGACACAAGUGGUGCAUCGUGGACGACAAACAUCCGGCACAUAGAGCACGUUAAAUCAUACGCACCUCACGUUCACCACGUUGUUCUGGAUUUGGAGUGCAGGCCGCUCUGAGCUGAGGAGAUGAACACAGAUACAGAGUGGACUCUGUGGCUCUGGACAUUUUAAUGUACUGAGAGAAAGAAGUUUCCAACAAAUGUGACAACUGCUGGUUGCCGUAAUCAUUUUGUCAGUUAGUGAAAUCUCAGUGACCCGUAUCUACAGUGGCACGUCUGACAUCAACAGAAACACCCAUGAUCAUUAUUAAACUAUAAUGUUCUGUCUUUUUAAAAUAAAGGAUUUAUAUAUUUGG